CGCACACAUACGCACGCACACACGCACACACGCACGCACCCGGCAUGCGCGCGCGUGAACUGCAUACUAAAGACACACACACUAAACACACACCACGUUCCGUUCAUCAGACCUCAAACAUUUUGGAAUCAUUAUUAUGUAUUUCAUAAUUAUUGCUAAUUAUCACAUCCAUCAUCAUUGCUGACUAGAGUAGUUUAAAGAUUAAUACAUUUAUCAUAAUAAAAUGUUAAAUAAAUAGGCCAUGGCUAGAAACUAGCUAAUGAAAACUGAAGACAACAGCGGAAUGAUUUCUAUGCUCCGGGAAUCGUGUUGUCCCGUGUUAAUAUUUACCUUUGACUUUAUAAGACACGUAAAUCAAUUCUCAUUCUCCGUUUAAAUUGAGGAACUCUGGAAUGGGGUUGUGAGAGUGCGCUAAGGAGGGAGCUAUGAUUGGCAUGUCCGCAGUCCAAUCAUGUGGGGCAGCGCUGGCAGUCCGGGACGCCCAUUGGCUGCUGGUGGCAAGAGCUUUGCCCAAAACAACGCGCAGUUGCUCACUCUCUUUGCAGAACUCGAGAAGAGGAGACCUACGGAUUUCUAAGCACUUCCUAUAUGUUAUGUGCCAUUAGAAAUGUGUAUAGAGAAAAAUUUUAUUUGUUUCCAAUAAUCCGCAUACGGGAUUGAUUUUAUUUAUCUUUUCAUGAGGAACUGACUAAUUCACUUUCUGGGCAAAAUAGUUUGGAAAGAUUUUGCUCCCCACUAUUAAGGAUUUGGGGCAUUUGUUGGUUCUGCAAUGUCUUGCUCUGACGUACGGACUACUAAAUUGUGCUCUCUCUGAGACAGCGCUAUAGAUCAAAUGGCUAUAGAUCUUGCGCAUAUGGCGACAUGGUUUCAGGCUGACGCCAUACAGCAAAGGGGCUUUCUCGUUUAUUUGAGAAGUUGCACAUUCCAUAUAUUUUCCUGGACAAAAGCAAUGGGUAACUCCUAAGCUGUGACUGGAGAAUAAACAGUGCAAAGACAGACGCGGAGAGCGCGCGAGAGAGGGGGAAUAAAGAGGUGUGCACUUGUUGUUUGGAAAUGAUUUUGAUAUUUCUCUUUUUCUCGAUCUUGGAUGGAGGGCUAUCACAGCUGCACUUCUCGGUACCGGAGGAGCAGGAGCGAGGGACGGUUGUGGGAAAUAUCGCCGAAGAUCUGGGGCUGGACAUCACCAAACUUUCAGCGCGCCGUUUCCAGACCGUGCCUAGCUCGCGCACGCCGUACCUGGAGAUAAACUUGGAGAACGGCGCGCUGGUGGUGAACGAGCGCAUCGACAGAGAGGAGAUAUGUCGCCAGACCGUCCCGUGCCUCCUGCACCUCGAAGUGUUUUUGGAGAACCCGCUCGAGCUGUUCCGCAUCGAAAUCGAGGUGAUGGAUAUUAACGACAAUCCUCCGAGUUUCCCGGAGACGGAAAUCACCGUGGAGAUCACUGAGAGCGCCACACCGGGCACCCGGUUCCCUGUGGAGAACGCCUUCGACCCAGAUGUGGGGACUAAUGCCCUGAGCACCUACGCCAUCACCACCAACAACUACUUUUACUUGGACGUACAGACUCAAGGCGACGGCAACCGCUUCGCGGAGCUCGUGCUGGAUAAACCCUUGGACCGGGAGCAGCAAGCGGUGCAUCGGUACGUGCUCACCGCCGUGGACGGAGGGCAGCCGCAAAGGACCGGCACCGCAUUGCUGGUGGUUAAAGUACUGGAUUCCAACGACAAUGCGCCCACGUUCGAUCAAUCCGUGUACUCUGUGAGCUUGCGCGAGAACUCUCCAGUUGGCACGCUCGUUAUUCAGCUGAACGCCACCGAUAUGGACGAGGGCCAAAACGGAGAGAUUGUUUACUCUUUAAGUAGUCACAAUCCGCCGCGCAUUCGGGAUCUGUUUAACAUUGACUCGCGCACCGGGAGGAUUGAAGUGACCGGCGAGGUGGAUUACGAGGAGAGCAGCACCCAUCAGAUCUACGUGCAGGCGAAAGACAUGGGAGCGAACUCUGUGCCCGCGCACUGCAAAGUUCUGGUCAAACUCAUCGACGUGAACGACAACACGCCGGAGAUCAGUUUCAGCACCGUCACCGAGUCGGUGAGCGAGCAGGCUGCCACGGGCACGGUGAUCGCUUUGCUGAGCGUCACAGACCGUGACUCCGGUGAGAACGGACAGAUGACAUGCGAGCUGCACGGCGAGGUACCGUUCAAACUCAAAGCGUCUUUCAAAAACUAUUACACCAUCGUCACGGACGGUCCGUUGGAUCGCGAAAAAGCGGAGUCGUACACGCUCACGGUGCUCGCGAAAGACAAGGGGGUGCCCUCUCUCUCCACGAGCAAGUCCAUCAAAGUUCACGUUUCGGACGAGAAUGACAAUGCACCCAGGUUCAUGCAGUCGGUUUACGACGUGUAUGUGACUGAGAAUAACGUCCCGGGCGCUUACAUUUACGCGGUAAGCGCCGUGGACCCUGAUGUUGGACCGAACGCUUAUGUCACUUACUCCAUAUUGGAGAGCGAAAUACAGGGUAUGUCCAUUUUAACCUACGUGUCAAUCAACUCCGAGAACGGCUAUCUGUAUGCGCUGCGCUCUUUCGAUUAUGAGCAGAUCAAAGAGUUCAGUUUUAUGGUGCAUGCCAAGGACUCCGGUGCCCCCGAGCUAACUGCCAAUGCCACAGUUAAUGUCAUCAUAGUGGACCAGAACGACAAUGCGCCGUCUAUAAUUGCGCCUCUCGGCAAAAACGGCACUGCGAGGGAACAUUUACCCCGGUCAGCAGAACCGGGAUACCUGUUGACCCGUAUUGUAGCCACAGAUGCGGAUGAUGGCGAAAACGCGCGCCUGUCUUACAGCAUCAUCCGGGGAAACGAGAUCGGGAUGUUCCGGAUGGACUGGAGAACCGGCGAGCUGCGCACCGCGCGUCGGGUGUCCACCAAAAGGGACCCCCCGCACCCGUACGACCUGUUGAUCGAGGUGCGCGAUCACGGGCAGCCGCCGCUCUCCUCCUCGGCAAGCAUUAACGUGGUGCUCGUGGACAGCGUGGUAGUGGGCCGGAGCGGAGAACGGGGGUCUGUAAAGUCCAAAGAAGGCUCUCUGGACCUCACACUCAUCCUCAUCAUCGCGCUCGGCUCCGUGUCCUUCAUUUUCCUCCUCGCAAUGAUCGUGCUGGCGGUGCGCUGCCAAAAGGACAAAAAACUCAAUAUCUAUACGUGCAUGGCCGGAGAAUCGUGCUGUCAGUGUUGCAGUCGCCAGGCGCGCGGACGCAAGAAGAAGCUCAGUAAAUCAGACAUCAUGCUCGUGCAGAGCACUAACGUGACAACCACGGCACAAGUGCCGGUGGAGGAGUCCGGAAACUUCGGCUCGCACCACCAGAACCAGAACUACUGCUACCAGGUAUGCCUGACACCGGAGUCUGCUAAAACCGACCUGAUGUUCCUCAAACCGUGCAGCCCAUCCCGGAGCAUAGACGCAGAGCACAAACCGUGCGGAGCAAUCGUUACCGGAUACGCGGAUCAGCAACCAGACAUCAUCUCCAAUGGGGGCAUUUUAUCAAGCGAGACCAAACACCAGAGAACUGAGCUUAGUUACCUGGUGGAUAGACCCCGUCGCGUAAACAGUUCAGCGUUUCAAGAGGCAGAUAUCGUCAGUUCUAAAGACAGUGGACAUGGCGAUAGUGAACAAGGCGACAGUGACCAUGAUGCCACCAACCGCGGCCACACAGCAGGAGCUGAUCUUUUCUCCAACUGUACUGAGGAGUGUAAGGCUCUGGGACACUCUGACCGUUGCUGGAUGCCCUCCUUCAUGCCUGGUGACAGUCGCCAAGGUGCCGAUUACCGUAGCAACCUGCACGUACCGGGAAUGGACGCGGUGCCAGACACUGAGGUACUGGAAAGCAAGCCUCUGGGUGAUGUGUGCAAUCGGGCCGAUGAUAGAUCAUUCUCUACGUUCGGCAAAGACAAGUCACACCAUGGCACACUCACACGCCAAGAGCUACACACACUCUUACCAAGCACCCGAGCGCCAUACAAACCCAACAAUCUGUCCCUCAAAAGGAUUUCCUAGCACCUUCCGUGUGGACAUUCCUGAAAAAGCAUGAGUUUGCACAGUAACUCAACCGGCCAAAAGCAUCAAGGGGUUUCUUUUUUUUUUUACUAAACUCAAUAAUCACGGCGGAUUUGGUUUUUCCCAGCUCUGUUGGGCGCCUGGAAAACUAUUAAAUUGGAUGCAAUCUGACAAUGUAAAGACCCUGAGAAUUCUCAGCAGGACUGAGAAACCUCGCCAAAUUUCUGGAAAACUGGAAGUGAAGAGGGAAGAACAGAGGGGGGAUUUAGAGUGACGAGAGACAAAAGGAGAAAAAUGGAUGAUCAAUGGACAUGGAUGUUUUCGCUCACUCUGUCCUCUCUGUGAUCAAUGUGUCUCUGUUUACAGUCCACUGUAAACUAUACCAACUAUCCGAGCCCUUUACCCGUUUCUACACGUGCACACACACACACAUACAUAUUGUACAAAUGUACUGUACAAAGAGCCGCCUAAACAAUGUGCAUUAUAAACUCAACUACUCGUUUUAGACUUGACUGUUUUCUAGUCAUUUAUUUUAUUUUUUCUUCUUAAUCAGUGUGGUCAUGUUCUUCUGGAGCUACUAUCUUUAGAAAAACCUUGAAAGUGGGGGACAACAAAUGAAAAGGAAAAAGGAAAAAAAAUGUAAGGUUUUGUCCUCUCACUGGCCUACGAAUACUUCAUCAGACAUUGUGGUUAUAUUCACAUGUGCAAGUGUGUACUGUUCUCUUUUAAAGUU